AGAUCUAUUUAUAGACCAGUCCGUUUCUAUUUACUUAUGUUGAUAUUGUUAUCCAGUUGCUAUAGGUUGAAUACAGUUUCUGGUGUUUGUUAUAACUGAAAACAUUUGAAGAAUAUACCCUUGGACAAAAGAAGUGCAUAUUAACUUCAUAUAUAAUACACAUAAAGGACUUUUAUAUCAGGCGAUAGCAUUGGAAAAUGUCGAAAAGAACGUCGAAAAGAACGUCGAAGAUUGUUAAACCGGUGGGUUCAGAUCUAGAUCUAUGUACACAACAUCGGGAGAAAUAUGUCAAAUACUGUACACAACACGAUAGUCCAUGUUGUGCUAAAUGUACCGCUGAGAAACACGUGUCGUGUAAAGAAAUCAUAUCAUUGGAUGAAGCUGUUCGCCAUUUUAAAGGGUCCGUCGCAUUCAAAAAGAUUGAGAAGGGUAUGGUUGAUGCUGCCAAAAAUCUCAAACAAAUCCGAAAAGAAAGUGAAGUAAACGUCUCUGUUAUUACAGAGGAGAGAACGAGAAUUGAAAGUGAAAUUCAGCAAGCUAGAAAUAAAAUAAAUAAAUAUUUGGAUAAAAUACAGAACCAAAUGUCCAAAGAAUUACACGAAGUUACACAUAAGGUAAAGAAAAAGAGCAGUGAUUUGAAUGUUGUCAUAAAUGAAAUGGAAAGAAGCAUUGCAAACCAACAAUCUAAAAUAGAUAAAGUUAAAAAGGACGCUACAGAUGUUCAAUGUUUCUUAUCUAUGAAGUCAACGGAAGCGGAACUGAAUAAAAUUGAUAAAACAAUAAAUACUAUCAUUGAUGAUGGUGAAUUUGGCAUUUUAAGUAUCAGUUUCAAUCUCGAUCCCGCCAUGGAGAAUUUGGCGCUAAACGCAAACAGUUUCGGUCACGUGAUAGUGGAGAUUAAACCCUUUCUCAGUAAAAGCAUAGAGGAAAUAAGUUUGAAUUUACAAAGAACAAUAAACACACAGGUCAAACAAACAGAAGGUUGUUGCUUACUAGACAACGGAACGUUGUUGUUUUCGGAUUUUUUGAAGGACCGCGUGACUGUCCUCAGUGAUAACAGAGAACUUGAUAUUCAAAUUCCGAUAAAAUCCUCACUCCACGGUCUCACGGUUAUCGACAGUCAAACAAUAGCUGUCUCCCCCGGAGGCUCGGCUCCACAUGUAAUAAACGUUGUCGACAUUAAAGACAAAUCUAUCAAAAAGACUAUACCAGUUCAUUCCGAAGUUGAUGGUAUGGUAUACAGAGAAGAAAAUUUAAUCUACUGUGCAAGGGGAGACGGUAUUAAGAUGACGAAUUUUACAAACGGUGUCACGGCUACAAUUCUAAAGUGUAAUCUGGGCCAGUUUGCUAACAUUGCCAACUUUAAAGACAAACUGUUUGUCACAGACAGAGAUGAGCAUACGGUUACAUGUUGUGAUCUGAAAGGAACUGUUCUUUGGACAUUCAAAGACACUGAAGUCCUUCAGAGGCCAUGGGGUAUAACAGUUGACAAGGACGGGAACAUUUAUGUCGUUGAUUGGAAAGAUAAAUUGGUAGUUUUAUCAGCUGAUGGCAAACGGCACAAACAAUUACUUUCUGCCAAAGAUGGACUGAAAAGCCCGACUACUUUAUUUUACCAUAAUCAUACCAAUCAGCUGCUAGUAGCAAACGAGAAGAAUAAUGCUCUCCUGUACAAAUUAAUAUAAAUCAAGUGCAUGUUUGAUAGUUAUGUUAGAUAUCACUUCUAAUCAGUGAAUUGUAUUGAAUUAAGUCAAAAUAAACAAAAUAUUUUAACACAACAUUGUUAGGGGAUGUUUCGUUGGAUUAACUGAAUUAUUGUAUUUCAAAAAAAAAAUUUUGUAGAGACUAAUCAAUCGAUAUAUAAGUAAAUUGUGUUUAAAGAUUUAAAGUAAACUUUUUAAAAAAAUGUUGUAAAAUCAUUUUGAUUUGUCUUCUUGGAACCAACUGGACUUUGCUUGUUAAAAGUUAGAAACACGAUUGUGCAUUUCAAUUAUUGAAAUUCUGUAAUAUGUCUAAAAGGAGAUAUGUGAUACACAUAACUACGACAGUGACAGCAAACGAACGACACACAAUCAAAUAUAUGUACAGUAUAUUUAUAUAGUAUAUUAAAAAGAUAACAGGUAUUGC